UUUUUAUAUUUAAAGUUCGCACUCCAGUUCUUAAUCAUUCCACGCACGUUGGCAAGAAAGCCAACAAUUAACGACCUCAUGCGAUUUUAUGUAAAUUGAAUUAUUUGAGAGUAAAUACAUGCGCCGACACACAGUACAGAAUUUUUUAAUAUUCAAGCGUAGCAAUUAACAGUCUAUAUAUAGCUAUAUAAAGUUCUAAUCGCAGCGUGAGCGUGAACUUAUCAGUCAUUAGCUGAAGAGCAAAACGUAUCGUGGACAUACAUGUCUAUGAAACCAUUCAAAAAUUAACUCGGAAGUUCACGUGAAUCCCUCUCGAUGAAUAUUUUUCCGUAGAUUAUUCAACUAUCCUGUAUAGCACCGCUUACAUCGACGAGUAUGUACAUGUUAACUUGUAUAUAUUUCAAAACUUACAGCUGUUACUUUCCACCGCCUUUUAAAUCCUAAUAUACUUCCUCGAUCGAUAACGAAAAACCCCAGUACCGACUUGCGUCUGUGUAUAGAAAUUUGGACACGUGUAAGUCAUGGCGCUUAAAAAGAUCGUUGCCGGUACCAGAUUAUCGCAUAACUUGUCGCUAGUUGUCGUGGAGUGUUCAGCUUUGAUUAACCUUCAUAUAUAGCGCUAGAUUAAAUAAAACUAUCGAGUAAGUAGUUAGUCGACAGCCGGUUGAUACGUUGGUUCAAGAUCAAUCUUAAUCAAGAUGGAUCGCUGGAUAGGCAGGAUAGCCGUAGUGACAGGAGCUUCAUCGGGAAUCGGGCUGGCGAUCACCAAGGCUCUUCUCCGCCAAGAGAUGAUCGUCGUUGGACUUGCUAGAAGAAAGUACAAGAUGUUGGAUGGUGUAAAGAGCGAAAAGAAUUCCAAAAGCUUUUACGCCAAAGAGUGCGACGUUUCUAAUCCUGACAGCGUCAAAGAAGCUUUUGAGUACAUCAAGAAUACGUUCAAAACCAUUCACGUUCUCGUUAAUAAUGCUGGUCUGAUAAAGAUGAAGUCCAUCGAACAAUGUUCCGUAGAAGAUUUGCAGCAGGUCAUCGACGUGAACGUAAUGGGAGUCUUGUACUGUACCAGAGAGGCGACUAAGAUUAUAAAGGAAAAUGGCAAUGAAGCACACGUGAUCAAUAUAAGCAGUGUGGCUGGCUUAAGAGUAGCUCAUCAAAGCUGGUUUGGCGGCAAUGAUAACCAUUGCAACGUUUAUUCGCCUUCGAAAUACGCAGUGACGGCGCUUUCGGAAACUUUGAUCAAUGAAUUAAUGGGCCACAAAAUACGCGUAACGAAUCUUAGCCCAGGAUAUGUCCUCACAGAAAUUUUCGAAGCCAAAGCUAAUGAGUCGGAAUUCGUUGAUAUGCCUUACUUGACCGCAGACGAUGUUGCAGAUUCUGUUAUAUAUGUUCUCCAAACACCUCCACACGUUCAAAUAACCCAACUGACUAUUAAACCACUGGGAGAGAAAUUUUUUGCUGUUGAAGAGCAACAUAUAAAUAGAUUCUAUUAUUUAAAAAUGGAUCGCUGGAGGGAUAAGGUAGCAGUAGUGACAGGAGCGUCUGCCGGAAUCGGAUUGGCUAUCAGCAAAGCUUUGGUCCAGCAGGGCUUGAUAGUCGUUGGUCUAGCUAGAAGGAAGGCGAAGAUGGAGGAUGCAAUGAAAGACGCUAGUGGUCCAGGUCAAUUCCAUGCAAAAGAGUGCGACAUAACGAAAGAGCAAAAUGUGAUCGAAGCUUUGAACUGGGUGAAGAGCACGUUGGGAGCGGUUAACAUAUUGAUAAAUAAUGCUGGGGUCGUCAAGCACCAAAAAAUAGAAGAGACACCCACUCCAGAACUAGAGCACAUUAUCAACGUUAACUUACUGGGCCUUCUCUACUGCUCAAAAGAGGCUAUAAAAUUGAUGAAGGAAAAUCAGCAAGAAGCUCACAUUAUCAAUAUCAACAGCGUACUUGGACACAUGGUGCCUCCACCAGGACUAGUGGCGUUCAAUGUUUAUCCUGCGACAAAAUUUGCUGUCACAGCACUGUCCGAAACUUUGAAAAAUGAACUAAUAGGAUCGAACAUUCGCGUCACGAAUGUCAGUCCAGGAUUGGUGAAAACCGAAAUGGUGGUCGCAGCGAUUAAUAAAAAUUCAAUGUUUUCUAAAAUGCCAGCACUGGAACCAGAAGACGUAGCUUUCUCCAUUGUCCACGCACUGACAGUACCGCCUCACGUAGAAAUCAAUGAAAUCACAAUUCAGGCAAAGCAAGGACCUUUACUGCCAUAGAAUUAUUCACUUAUUGUACAAUUAAAACGACUAAUAGAUUUUUAAUCCCAUAUCUGGUAUAUUAUCACGGAUAAUGCUGAUUGACCAACAUUAAUGAUUCAAACACAAAGUUACAAAUCAAUAUUAAGCAAUCUUCAAAAUAAUCUCAUAUGAUGAAUCUUAUACAUAAUUAAUAAAAUAAAAUAAAUGAUAAA